UAGAAAGAUUGUCCGUUGAUGAGGGUUCACCUGUCAUCGCAAUUCAAGGCUCGUACAUACAUACUUAUCCCUCUUUCCUCUGUUUCCUUUCUCUUUCUCUUUCGAAGCGAAUUUUAUUUGUUUCAAUAGACUUCUUAUUGAUUCGGUUCAUUUCAUCGCAUCUGGCUUUAUCCUUAUCAAUUGGUAGCACACCGCAUCAGACCCCUCCUGGACCUCCGCUCUCGGCUUCCGUCGCCUGUACUCCACAUGAGCAUGAUAUCGAUCAAACAUUGAUUUUCAGAUAGCAGCGCUCUUCGGCUUGUUGCAUCGAGUCGGCCCCCGUCCCAUUGUCGAUUGUCGCCAAAGAAGUCAAACGGAUUCGUCUGGCGGCGGCGGCGGCGGCGGCGGCGAUCUAACCACUAUGACGCGCACUUCUACACCUCCCACCCUACUCCAACUCCAAAGCGCAGACUCGGUAUCAUCUCAAGCUGCACUACUUCGCAGCCUGAAGAACGAAAUAAUUGGUCAUGAUCAGCGCAAAGAGAUUUAUGUCAAGCGGGGAAUCAUUCCGGUGCUCACCAAGGUUCUCACGUCACGGAAACUGAGCGGGAAAAGCGUUACGGCGACGGUUAAAGAAUCGUCUGGUAUCAAGUCGGAGGAAGACGAUGCUUGUCUACAGGCGAUCAUCAUCCUUGGUAGUUUGACUCAAGGCGGCCCAGCGUUCCUUGCGCCCAUCCUCGCCAGCAAUACACUUCCAACCCUCCUGUCAUUUCUAUCGUCUCCCAGCUGCCCUUCCUUCUUCCGCCUUCCCAUUCUCCGAACGCUCAAUAGCAUUGCAGAUCGACUACCAUUGCAGAGUCAGCAGAAACUGAACAAGGAUACUCGUUUGGCCGAACUGCUCUUUUCUAAGGAGCAUGUGGGGUGCUUGGCUCAGAUCAUCGGGCAAGAUUAUGCAUCUUAUCAGGCACAGGCUUCCAUUGAACUGGCUGCAUCGUUGAUUGGGAAGUUGUGCACCGAGGAGGCUCACAAGACUGUCCUGGCUGACUCGGGGGUGUUGGAUGCUCUUGCUGUCAAGGUCGCCUCGUUUGUAGUCGCCCAGGGUGCCAAGCUCGCUCCAAUCCUUCGUGCGGUCACGGUGAUUAUCGAGCACUCCAAGUGGCGAGCCGAACAUUUCCUUUCGUCGCCGGGUAUUGUGACUGUUUUCCCCAAGCAACAUCAAAAAGGGCCCUGGGGGUCAACGUAUUUCUCCGGUUCUGCCCCCCUUGAGAGUCUGCUGCCAUCGGUUCCAUUAUCUCCCUCGACGGCACCGGCGAAUGCAGCCAAUUUCCCACCUUUAGGUCACCAAGGGGCGCGCCGUCGCCCCAGCCACUCGUUCCCCACAUCCUUCUCGCUUUUUGAGUCGACAUCUUCCGACGACGAUGAGAAUUGCAUCGUCCCCUGGCUGCUUUACAUGGUUCGCGCGGAGAACGGCAUGGUUCGCUUGAUGGCAGCUCGCCUCGUCACGGUCCUUUUCCGUCUUGGCCUGGCGAAGAAACAUCGCGUCUCCCUGCUUUCCUAUCUGUUGAUCCCGAUCCUUAUCCGAAUGCUCGACAAAGACUAUGAGAUACCGGGCGAUGACAUUGUCGAGUACGGUGGCUUGAUUCCCGCAACCGCGCGUGUUAAGGAGGAAGCCCCUGCAGUACUCGCAGCUCUGGUGAUUGACGAUCAGGAAUUGCAAAAACACGCCGUCGAUGGUGGCGCGAUUAAGCGAUUAUCGCAAUUACUGAAAGAGACCUACAAUCCGAUUCACGAGAAUACCAAGCCAAUGUGGCACCCAGACGCCGACGAAUCUGCUCCAAAUUCCGAUACGCAGCCACUAGAAUGUAGACUUGGACCACCCGGGUUCUCGCCAACUCAUUGUCAUGUCAUGCGAUAUCGGGAGAAUAUUUUGAAGGCACUUGCAGCUCUUGUUCCUUUCAAGGAUGAAUAUCGUAAGCUCGUGUGUGAGAAUGGAGUGGUGCCAUACAUCAUCGACUCUCUCAAGCCUUGCCCUAGCGAGCUGCCAGUGGACCCGUCGACUCUCAAGAACACUGCCACGGAUGGCAAUCCCACUCCGACUCUCUUGGCCGCUUGUGGUGCUGCGCGAAUGCUUACUCGCUCUGUGAGCGUCUUGAGAACAAGUCUGAUCGAUGCUGGUGUUGCAGCUCCUCUUUUUGUUCUGAUCCGUCAUCCUGAUAUCGAAGUCCAAAUUGCUGCGACGUCUGUAAUCUGCAACCUGGCAUUGGACUUCAGUCCCAUGAAAGAGGCAAUUAUCUCAGCGGAUAUUCUCCCGGUCCUAUGCGAGCACGCGCACUCGCCGAACACAAAACUUCGUAUCGAGUCAUUGUGGGCACUGAAACAUGUGUCCUAUAAUUCUGCCAACGAUGUUAAGAUCAAGAUUAUUGACGGCCUUGGGCCUGGGUGGAUCAAGCAGAUUAUUACGCAGGACCCUACAAGUGCCCUUGCGAAACGGGGAAUGGAAGGCGACGUGGACAGUAGUGCGGCGGCGGGUAUGAGCCGAGCCAAUUCGGCCGGGGAACAAGUCAACCUUUUGAAUCCGAUGAGCCUGGAGAUGUUUCUGCCGGAUGCGACCAGGCGGCGAAAGCUCGUGUUGAAUGGAGAUUUGGACCAGACCACACAGGCUCGACAGGAUGAUAUCGCGGUGCAGGAGCAGACUUUCGACUUGCUGCGUAAUCUUGUAUGUGGGUCAGGAGCAUCGGAGAUGAUUGACCACCUCUUCAAGGAGAUUGGGCAGGACCUCAUCCUCGACGCGCUGGCGGACAAGCUUCGACCUCGCACCAUCAAUCUCCCACACCGUCGGGAGUCCUCAGCAAGCCGUGCACUCAACGUUCCCACCGAGAUCCUCGUCUCGGUCACAUUUGUCAUUAUCCAUCUUGCCGCGAGCCUUCCAUGGCAUCGACAAGUCCUGGUGUCGCACCCAACCCUUCUGCAACAUCUCAUGUGGUACUUUAACCACAGCCACCGAGACGUGCGUAUCAACUGUGUCUGGGUAGUCAUCAAUCUGACAUACGAAGACGACGCGAGCGACCACGAUGGCUGUCGCGAGCGAGCCUUCAAGCUACGGUCCCUUGGGGUAAUAGAGCGGUUGACAAGCCUCCUUGAUGACCCUGACCUUGACGUGCGAGAACGCACAAAAACAGCAGAGCAUUUGAUCAGUUCUUUGACGCAAUCAUAGCGAUUGUGUAUUACUUGACUGUUUCGUUGCUACUGGUUUGCUGUAGCAUGGGCAUUACCAGGAGACUGGAUACAGUGUCCUUGACAUGGGUGGGUGUUGGAACGUUUGUAUAAAAUGCAUCAUCUACAAAAUGUAUUGUCCUCAACGCAGCUGUUUGACUUGAAUAUAAU